AUGAUAUUUGGUGGAUUAACCGUUGGACGAAUAAUUUGCCAGCGAUUGACACCGGUUGCACUCAGUGAAAUUGAUUAUUUUGAAAAACUUAAGUCACGGGUUAUUGAAUGUCACAGGAACCCCGAGUUCCGUGUUAGAAUUGCUGCUGGAGAUCUGAUGGGAAUUAUGUGCUCCAAAACUGGUGAGCAUCUAUUCAGGUAUUUCCUCCCCUCGGUCAAGAAAGGGAUCAGUGAGAACCUGGAAAGAAGUUCAGAAUGCCAAAUAGGGCCUCCCUCCGAUUUGCCGAAAGAAAUAAAAGAAAAAAUUUCCAUUCUUCAUGACACCGCGGGCUGGAAGCAUUUGGAGACCUGGAUGAAAUGCCUACAAUCAUUGAUCGCAGGUCUUGGUCCAGAAAGGUUUAAACAAAUUCAAGAUCCCGAGUUAUUGGAUAUUAUUUUCAAGGCAGUCGCUCAUACCAAUCGUUUCGUAAGAGAGACUGGUUACGAUCUCCUGCAAAUACACACAGAGAACCUAGGUUAUCAUGGUUCAAAUAAGAACUGCGUUUCGAAAGGCGAAUCGGAUUUUAUAAGAAUAUCUAAACAAAUUUCAGCUGGCCUUUCAGAUAACUGGAGUCAAGUCAGAAUGGCAGCGUCUAGGGCCGCACGGAUGUUUUUUUCAGUUCCUCCUCCAUCUGGAUUCAGUUUUACCGAUGUCUAUCCAAUUUUGUUGCCUCCGAUUUGCUUAAAUCGAUACUACAUUGCCGAAGGCGUGCGCCUCUAUAGCCAGGAGACGUGGAAAUUGGUAACAAAUGGCAAAGGCAAGCAGCUCCUAGAAUCUUGUCUCGAGCAAGCACUCAAUUUCUACAUAUUGCAAUCGGAUGCCGACAACCAUGCCGUUCGUGAAGCUGCCUGUGCUUCAAUAGCAGAAGCGGGAUGCAAGCUAAAUCGUGAAUUACUGCGCCCACAUAUCUCUUGCUUGCUUGAGGCCCUAAUCGUCUGCUUCGGAGAUGACAGCUGGCCUGUGCGGGAUGCAGCUUGUGUGGCUUCUGGAAAUCUUGUGGCUGCUUUUGUUCGUGAUGUCAGAACAUUACUCGACCUGGAGGGACAUGCUGAUCUUUUUAUGAUUCACUUUCUUCAUAAUUUGUCCGACAGUAUUCCUUCAGUCCGCCUCGGGGCAGCUCAGGCUAUCGCGCAGAUAAUUUCAUCCACACUGAAAGAAGACGAAGAAUCUGACGCCGAUGUAGAGUCGAAAGCGGCAAACCAACUCCUUAGACAGAGGUACCUUGAUUUUGUCUCAACCAGUCUCGAAAAGGUUUCAGAACAGCCGGCCGAAUCGCAUGGUGCUGCUUCGGAGCGUCUUGAUGGAAUCGGACCUGGCUCUUCGCCUGGUCUUAGGCGAGUCACCGUGGAUCCCCAUGAUUCUCGACACACUGAUCAAGUAAUGUAUUCUUGUGGCUCUCUCGCACCGAAACUCCAUAAAGCAGGGAAUAUGGUGCGCUUUACAGGCUUAGUUGAAGAUGGCAUUGACCACAGGAGGCAGAACUUGGUAUGUUUCACGAGGUCUCGGUCACCCGGAGCAUGUUACGAUGAAGGGGCAAAACCAACAUCACAUCUAAAGAACACUGGUCGCACCUUAAAGUCGUAUCAUCUUGAUCAUUCUAUCUACAGGACUCACCACGGCUUACCUGCAAACUUUCGCCUUCGAGCUGGCACAUCUGAACAAAAUGCGAAUUGA